GCCGUUUUCAUUGAUGGCGUAAAUCAUCCAAGGAUAGCUUUGAUCCUUUACCGCUAGGUUGCACUUUGAACCACAAUUUAAACCACAGUUUGCAUUCUAUAACAAGAUUUAACUAUCUUGUUGCUAACUGAGUUUCACGUGAUAAGUUACCAAAAUAUAAGAUAUACAUUGUCAGAAUGCAAUCUAAUAAUAUACAGGAAGGUUUUGCCACAAAAGCUAUUCACGUUGGUCAAGAUCCGGCGCAAUGGAGUCAUUGGUCGUUAGUUCCACCUUUAGUUAUGUCUACCACCUUUCAACAAAAUGGUCCGGCAGAACAUAACGGCUACGAGUAUGGCAGAAGUGGUAACCCAACGCGCAAUGUAUUGGAGACUUGUUUAACGGCAUUGGAAGGUGGAAAGCAUGGUUUUACUUUUUCAUCGGGUUUGGGAGCCAUCACAGCUAUAACCGGCUUAUUGCAAACUGGCGAUCACAUAAUUUCUGGAGAUGACGUAUAUGGUGGAACUAAUCGUCUCUUUCGAAACUGUCUAGUUAAACAAGGUAUUAAAAUUUCUUUUGUCGACCUGACAGACGUAGAAAAUCUUACGGCUGCUAUACAACCAAAUACCAAGAUGGUUUGGUUGGAGACGCCUACAAAUCCUUUAUUAAAAAUAGCAGAUAUCGAAGAAAUUGCAAAUGUUUUAAAGUCUAAAAAUUCAGAUAUCAUUUUGAUAGUCGAUAACACUUUCCUGACGUGUUAUUAUCAAAAACCAUUAGAGCUCGGAGCUGAUCUUGUAGUAUAUUCUUUAACAAAAUAUAUGAACGGACAUUCGGAUAUUAUCAUGGGUGCAGUAAUUACAAGGAGAGACGAUUUAGCGGAAAAGCUUCGUUUUCUACAAAAUGCAAUGGGAAUAAUUCCGUCGCCUUUUGAUUGUGCUAUGGUCAAUCGUAGUUUGAAAACUUUAGAACUUAGAAUGCAGCGGCAUAUGAAGAAUGGAUUAGCCGUUGCCAAAUUUUUAGAUAAACAUCCUCUAGUGGAUAGAGUUAUUCACCCUUAUCUCCCGUCUCAUCCGCAAUAUCAACUUGCUCUUAAACAAUCAACAGGUCACAGUGGCAUAGUAUCAUUUUAUAUUAAAGGAAAUGCCAAAAAAUUUUUGAAAAGUCUUAAAUUAUUUGCUUUAGCAGAAUCGCUCGGUGGUUAUGAAUCUUUGGCAGAAUUACCAUCCGUUAUGACGCACGCUUCUGUCCCAGAAGUCACAAGGAAUGAACUAGGAAUCACUGAUCAGUUAAUUCGUUUAUCCGUCGGACUUGAAACGGAAAAAGAUUUGUUAGCAGAUCUUAAUCAAGCUUUAGAAGCUUCUCAAUGAUACGAAAAAUAUUAUUCACGUGUAAUUGUUUUUAAAUAUUUCAACAUCACAGAUCGCCGACAUUGAACCUGCGUAACACGCGCGCGCGCGCGCGCGCGCGCACACAGUCAGCCUUUCUGUUGAGUUAGAAAGGAGAGACAUAUAAAUCAUUAGAAAUUAUUUUUUUAAAGAAUGUUUAAUGUAACACAUUCCAAUAAUCACAAGCCGAAUAAGAAUGCAACAGUGGUCUAUUUUGCUACGUGCUCUGCAUCGAUUUUUGAGAUCGUAUAUAUACAUAUGUAUAUUUUUUUGUUAUAUAUAUGUUAUAUAACUGCUGUUAUUAGUUUCAUUAUUUAAGAAGAAAUUAGUCAAUAUAAAUUUCCUCGCCUGAUCGCAUAUCUCUGUGCAUAGAUUUGUACAUUUCUUUAUAUCCUACUGGUAAAAAAAAAGAAAAAAAAAAAGUCCUUUAUUUACACGUGUGUAUAAACUUUUAUUGAAUAUAAAUAAAUGUAAUAUUUCCAAUAAGUAAAUAUCAUUGAGAAAGGGACAGAUAUUCCUAUGGUUUUGACAUUUCUGGAACUUAAUCCACUUAGAUUUAUGUAAUUAGAUUAAUUGGAUAAAGUUUUGUAAUACUAUGAAAGAACAAAAAAAGAGGGAAUCGUUAUAAAUGAUUCAAACGAAGAGCAAACGAAGGAUGAAUAAUGAAAAUUUAAUUCCAUAAUAUUAGUUGAAUAUUAGAAACAAAAUAGAGAUAUUAGAUAUGAUAUUAGAGAGAUGUGAGACAAUAAACAAUGAUUAUAUGGCUUUGUUGUCAAUAUUUAUAUAAAUUUUUAUUGAUUUUGAAAUUUUAUUACUGUAAAUUAAUUUUCGAAGUAUGUCGUAAUUUAGCAGUUUUAAUUCUAUCAUAUUCUUGCGCUUGAUUGUAUAACAAUACACCUGCUAUUACAGCACAAGUUCCAAGGGCCGAUAAACCGGUUACUGAAUUAUUGAACAGUAAAACUGAGAGCCAAAUUAAGAAAGCUCUUUUUGCUGUAUUGGCGACACUGAAAAAUGGAUAAUAAUAUGUUAACGUUAUUAAGCGA